CCGUGUGCGCAGGCGCCCUUGUGGCUUUGCGCCCUCCGCUGUGGCCAUUGUGCGACCCUGCUGUGGCAGAGGCCAGCUUGCGAAACUGGUCCAUUACACAGAACAGCACCGCGGAGAAAAGAGACUGCAGCGGGCGCUAGAGGGGCUGAGCCGAGGUCGCGGACUCCGAAGCCCGGGAGGCAGCGAUCCCGAGUGCCGUGGCCCCGGACUGUAGCCAGCACACACUGAGGCAGGAAUGGCCCCGAGGCCUCCGACGGCCACGCCCCAGUUCAAGAGCAGCAUUUGUGGCGUUGAUCCCUACUUGAGCAGGACUGUGGUCCCACAGGAGUCAGUGACAUUCAAAGAUGUGGCUGUGGACUUCACCCAAGAGGAGUGGCACCACGUGAACGCUGCCCAGAGGAGCUUAUACAGGGAUGUGAUGCUGGAGAAUUACAGCCACCUGGUUUCUCUUGGGUAUCAAGUGUCCAAGCCAGAGGUGAUCUUCAAAUUGGAGCAAGGAGAAGAGCCAUGGAUAUCAGAGAGAGAACUUCAAAGACCUUUCUGUCCAGACUGGAAGAGCAGGCCUGACAAAUCGAGUCUUCAGCAGAGCAUAUCUGAAGUUUCCCACAGUACAAAUGUUUUGUCACAUGCCACAUUAGGGGCUGUCUGGGAUGUCAGUAUCCAGAGGCACCAGGAGAGUUGGAGGAGACAUCUGGGGCCAGAGGCAUCUUCCCAGAAGAAAGUAACCACCCUAGAGAAAAAAAUCGAGCAGAAUAAAUUUGGUGAAGACUCUAGAUUGAGCACACACUUGGUUUCACAACUGGAAAUUCUUUCAAGUGUAAGGUCCAGUGACUGUGAAACACUUGGAAACAAUUUGGAAUAUAAUUCAGAAUUAGUUACUCGGAAUAGUGUCCUUGUAAAAAAGAAGCCUUAUAAAUGUGAUAAAUGUAGGAAAUCAUUUAUUCACAGAUCAUCACUUAACAAACAUGAGAAAAUCCAUAAAGACGAUGCUUAUCCCAAUGGCACAGAGCAAGGAGUUUAUUCUGGAAGGAAACAUCAUGAAUGUACUGAUUGUGGGAAAACCUUCCUCUGGAAAACACAGCUUACUGAACACCAGCGAAUUCACACCGGGGAAAAACCCUUUGAGUGCAAUGUGUGUGGAAAGGCCUUUAGGCACAGCUCAUCCCUAGGUCAGCAUGAAAAUGCACAUACAGGAGAGAAACCCUACCAGUGUAGUCUCUGCGGGAAAGCCUUCCAGCGCAGUUCUUCUCUUGUUCAACACCAGCGAAUUCACACUGGAGAAAAGCCCUAUCGAUGUAGCAUCUGUGGGAGGUCGUUCAGGCAUGGCACAUCCCUCACCCAACACGAGGUCACACACAGUGGCGAGAAGCCCUUCCAGUGUAAGGAAUGUGGGAAAGCCUUUAGUCGAUGUUCUUCCCUUGUUCAGCAUGAGAGGACGCAUACCGGAGAGAAACCUUUUGAAUGUAGCAUCUGCGGGAGGGCUUUCGGUCAGAGCCCAUCCCUUUAUAAACAUAUGAGGAUUCAUAAAAGAGGCAAACCUUAUCAAAGUACUAGCUUCAGCUUGGCUUUUGAGCCCAACACAUCUCUUCUUCAAGGUGAAAGUGCACUUACUGAGGUAAAAUUGUACCAUUGUAAUGACUGUGGGAAAGACUUCAGUCACAUUACAGACUUCACUGACCAUCAGAGCCUCCAUGCUGGAGAGAAUUCCUAUGACUCUGAGCAGGCCCUUAGUCAGCAGUCUGUGUCUCAUCCUGGAGAGAAGCCCUAUCAAUGUAACGUAUGUGGAAAAGCCUUUAAAAGGAGUACAAGUUUUAUAGAACAUCACAGAAUUCAUACUGGAGAAAAACCCUAUGAAUGUAAUGAGUGUGGAGAAGCCUUCAGUCGACGCUCCUCGCUUACCCAACAUGAGAGAACCCACACUGGAGAGAAACCAUAUGAAUGUAUUGACUGUGGGAAAGCCUUCAGUCAAAGUUCAUCCCUUAUUCAGCAUGAAAGAACUCAUACCGGAGAGAAACCCUAUGAAUGUAAUGAAUGUGGGCGUGCCUUUAGAAAGAAAACCAACCUGCAUGAUCAUCAGAGGAUUCACACUGGAGAAAAACCCUAUGCUUGUAAGGAAUGUGGGAAAAACUUCAGUAGGAGCUCAGCUCUUACUAAACACCAGAGAAUUCAUACACGAAAUAAACUGUAGGAAACCUAAAAUUAUAGAAUGGGUAGGAAGCUUCGUCUAAAUACUGUUCCAACCCCAUAUCUGAGAAAUGUGAAAGUUUGAGAAUGUAAUUAUAUGUUCGUAUAUUGUGUAUGGAGAAAACUGCCACUAGGCAUAUUUAAAAAAAAGAAAAAUAAAAGCCAUUCUUUUCAUAUCUG